GUACAUUCCGUAAUAACAUUCGAUGCCUUAAAAUCAUGUUAUGACCUCAUGCCAGGUUCAGUUCACCGGGAAAACCCGAACUUCGUAAUCUGAAAUCACUGGCGCUCUGCUUCGGUGCGCAAGCGGGAGUCGGCCGAACAUAUUAUGUGUGGCAUUGCAUUGGAGCUUUUGCACGCUGCGCAGCUGGGUGACGGACCCAGUGCGGUGGCAAUACUGCGGCCCGCGCUGGAGACUGGUCUCCACGCGCGCGGGCCAGACCACCUGGGUACACAGCAGGUUGACGCAGCGCUUGGGCACGCCGUGUUGCGACUAACUGCCACACUGCUCCAGCUGCGCGGGCGCCACCCUUGCGUCAGCCCGAGCAUUAGCGAGCAGGGACACGUCCUUUGCUUCAACGGUACGCAUGGAGCAAAGACUACGUGAGAUCUUCGGCGGCUUGGAUGUGCCCCCCGGAACGAACGACGGCGCCCGACUGUUGCGUGAGCUUGCGGCAGCUGGUGACGCGGUGCCCGAAGUCCUGGGCCCCAUACGCGGCCCCUGGGCGCUGCUGUUCUGGGACCCGAACCGGCAGCGGCUCUGGUUCGGCCGUGAUGUGCUGGGCCGCCGCAGCCUGCUGGUGCACUGGCCGGAUGCGGCGGAGCCCCGGCUGCUCAUGUCGUCCGCCUCGGAGCUCGGUACCGCGAGCGUGGGAUUGGGCGCGGCGAAUGGCAGUCAGCGGGCGCACGGGCAGGGGCAGGAGGAGGCGGAGGCUCAGCCAGAUGGCCAGGGUCGCGCAGGAGCCGUCGCAGUCACAGAGUCUGCGGCGGCGAGCGGGGGCGGACAGGAGGACGGUGACGAGCCGUCAGGGUCGGAUGGGUUUUGGACGGAGCUGCCACCGGGGCUGUACAGCAUAGACUUGGGCCUGAGCAUGGGCGGUGGCGGGGUCGGAGGCCACGGCAGCGCUGAGGCAGGCAGCAGCGGCGGCCCCGCGGUCUCAGGCAGAGAGGAGGAAACGGUGAACAGUGCGGCGACAGGAAACCGGUGGCAGUGCAUCCACACCAAGUUUAUCCUGCCCGCGGGUACGCGUGAUGCAGCGGGAGCAGCUGACGCGGGACGCAAUGGCGGCGGCAGCAGUAGGAGCGACGGUGGCGGCGGUUGUAGCGCAGCCGGAGGCAGUGGCGGGGAUCUGCAGCUGUGCGUGUUGCGGCACGGCUGGCGGGACCCGCUGCUGCGGGAGCUAGAGGCCUACCGCCGUGCGGAGAGCCUCCUGCCCACAGCUGCUUGCUCGAGCGCCGAGAGCGCUUAUUGCGGCGCUGGUGCAGAUACUGACUUGGGUGCUGAAGCCGCGGUGGCAGGAGGUGCGGAUGCACUCGAGGCAGCUGCUGUGACGGCGGGCGAGGCGCACGGGGCCCAGGGCGCAGCGGCUGCAGCGCACCGGUGGGCGGCAGACGACGCGGCCGCCCUCGUGCGUCCCAUGUCACUGCCCCGCAGUCCAGAUAUCGCCAGUCACGUCGACCAGCUGGCUGUAGGCUUGCUGAAUGUGAUGUUGGCAGCCAUACGGGUGCGCUGCGCCUGCAUUGAGCCGCGCUCGCCGCACCCCUCCGCUGCAUAUGGGGCAGCUGUGGCCAAAGCUGCCGCUGCGGCGGCGGCGGCGGCGACGGUAGCCGCAGAAGGCUCCAGCUGCCCACCCUGGCCCUCGUGGCGUGCAAGCGACCCGCAAGCCUACAAUGCUGCGGCUGUAGCGGUGCCAACCGGGGCCGUUGCAUCAGUAACACCAGCCGCAGGGGCAGUAGCAGGCGGCGCUGCACCGCUGGCGCCACAGCCGCCGCCACCAGUCAUGAUUUUGUUCAGCGGCGGUGUGGACUCUGUGCUGCUGGCAGCGCUGGCCCACAGGGCGCUGCCACUGGACUUCCCGAUUGACCUGUGUAACGUAUGCUUCGACGGCGGCAAGUCGCCUGACCGCGGGGCCGCCCGCUGCGCGCUGCGGGAGCUGGCGCAGGCCUGCCCGGGCCGGCCGUGGCGGCUGCUGGAGGUGGAUGCGACACUGGAGGACGUGGACAGGCACAAGAUGCGGAUCUUGUCGCUGCUGCGGCCCGCACACACGGUGAUGGAUCUGAAUAUUGGCGCAGCGCUGUGGCUGGCGGCGUCGGGGCAGGGCAACCUGCGGCUGCCGCCGCCACCGCCUUGCCACGCCGUUGCUGAUGCCGCAACCGUGCCUGCGGCGGCUGCAGCUGAGGGUCCUGCCUCCACGUCAGGGGAGGCCCUGCGUGUCGCUGGAAGCCGCGCAGCGGCCUCUGCUGGCAGCGGCGGCAGCAAUGGCCCUAGCAAUGAAGAGGUGCUGCUGCCGUACUACGGCAGUCCUGCGCGAGUCGUGCUGUUAGGGCAUGGCGCGGACGAGCAGUGCGGCGGCUACGGCCGCCACCGUACCCGCUUCAGGCUAGGCAGCAGCGAGCCUUGCGACGGCGCCGCUGCGGCGGCGGCGGUCGGUGGCGCCGAUGGCGCUGAUGGCGGUGUUGGCGAUGAGGGCGCGACCGCAAGCAUCGGCGAAGCCGGCGGAUGGCGGGCGCUGGCGGCGGAGCUGGAGCUGGACGUGCGGCGGCUUUGGAUCCGGAACUUGGGACGUGAUGAUCGGCUGGUGUCGGACUGGGGUCGCGAGGCGCGACAUCCAUUCCUGGAUGAGUCCGUCAUGCAGCUGCUGCUUAGGGCGCGGCUGAGCAGCAUCGUGGACUUCAUCCAGCCGCCGGGCCGCGGCGACAAGCAGGUUUUGCGGCGCGCGCUGGCGCUGCUGGGGUUGCCGGAGGCGGCGUCACGUGUGAAGCGUGCAAUCCAGUUCGGCAGCCGCAUCGGCAAGCAGCACAACCGACGGGAGUUUGGCAGCAACCGCGCCGCCAACCGCCAAAACGCUGGGGGCGUGGCCUUACAGGACGUGACGAAGGCGGCGGCGGAGGCUGUCUCCAAGGCUUGGGUGAAACCACCAAAGGGGCAGCGUGGCGGUUAGAUGGUAGAGCUGCUGCGCCGGCUGGUUGGUGGCCUGGAUGGCGCGUGACUGGCUCGCCAAAGCAUGGCGCAUGCAGUUGAAGUAUGGGACGCUGAAGUAGGUGGACGGGUAGAUCAAAGUGCGGACAGACGCGACAAACACGAAGUGCGGCUGAGGAAUUUGCAGGCGAUGUUCAUGGCUACCGCAUGGUGGGCGGGCCUCUGGUUCCCCUAGACGUGACGUCAGGCCUGCGGACACAGGUGUUACUCAAAUCUUUC